UCUGUCACGCCCCCGCGGUCCGGGCCCUCGCGGUGCAUUCUGGAUGCGGUAGUUUCCGCCGUGUUUAUGGUUGCGUUCAGCGUGAGUGCUGAGGUUUAUAGGUUGGAAUUUAUCUGCCACCAGAAGAUUCCUGCCCUAUCGCCUGGUUCUGGGACUUGUGACUAACAUUGGCUGUCCCUGGAUGGUUGUUUAAUGGAGAGAACUCACCAGACUUCGUUGUAUUAAUAGCGCAAAAAGCAGAUCCUUGAUUUGUGAGAAAAUGAAAAUCAUCUUUUAAGAAAUUGUGCUUUGGUUCUUCGCCCCUCACGCCCAAUUCCUUAAUUACGCUGUAGAAGCAGGGGCUUUAUGAACAUCUCUCUAAUUAUAUCUGGUGCUGAUCUCACCGCAUGAUGACUUUCUGUUUCACUGGUAUUAGAAGCCUUCCUAAGUUUUGGAAGAGCAACCCAUACCUUAGCGUAGGCCCAGGACACUCUUAUUUCUCUCUCUUUCUCAAAGACUAUUGUGGCAUCAGGAACCAACAGAAGUGGUUUUCUCUUAAAGCGGUGUCUCCACAAAAUACUAAAGCAGUGAAUCUUCUGAUUGCCAAGGCCAGAUAUCUCAGGAAAGGAGAUGAAGGCAGUAAUCAAGUUUUUUCUGAUUCCCAUCUUUUUGCUGCUGGAGCAGCUAAGAAGAGAUCACAGAUGAAUACUAAUAGGGAAGAUCAUGGCUUGCCACCUGUGAGGAACACUAUUCAACUUCCAACAAGACCUCUGAAUUCAGAAGAGUGGGAUAAAUUCAAGGAAGAUUUCAAAGGAAAGGCUAAUUUUGAAAGUUGGAUCAUUUCACAAAUGGCUCACUGCCAUAGCUCUAUAGAUGUGGCCAAAUCUUUGUUAGCCUGGGUAGCUGCAAAAAACAAUGGUAUUGUAGGCUAUGAUUUGCUGGUCAAGUAUUUGUAUCUCUGCGUCUUUCAUAAACAUAUAUCAGAAGUUAUUGAUGUCUAUGAAAUCAUGAAAGCCAGAUACAAGAGGUUAGAACCUGGAGGAUAUACUCUUCUCAUCCAAGGAUUAAUCCACUCAGACAGAUGGAAAGAGGCCUUGCUGCUGUUAGAGGAUAUCAAAAAAGUCAUGAUUCCUUCAAAAAAGAACUACAAUGAUUGUAUCGAGGGAGCCCUCCUUCACCAAGAUGUAAACCUAGCGUGGAAUUUGUAUCAGGAAUUGUUGGGUCAUAAUCUUAUUCCUAUGUUGAAAACUUUAAAAGCAUUCUUUGACUUUGGAAAAAACAUAAAAGAUGAUCAGUAUUCAAACAAGCUAUUUGACAUUCUUUUGUAUCUAAGAAAUAAUCAUCUAUAUCCUGGGGAAUCAUUUGCACACAGUAUAAAAACAUGGUUUGAGAGUGUUCCUGGGGAACAAUGGAAAGGACAGUUCACAACAAUCAAGGGAAGUGGUCAGUGUUCGGGCUGUGGAAAAACCAUAGAGUCUCUUCACCUGAGUCCAGAAGAGUAUGAAUUUCUCAAGGAAAAAAUCAUGAGGGAUGUGAUAGAUGGAGGUGAUCAAUACAAAAAGACAACCCCUCAGGAACUUGAGAGAUUUCAGAACUUUGUAAAAUGCUGUCCUCCUUUUGAUAUUGUCAUUGAUGGGCUCAAUGUUGCCAAAACAUUUCCUAAAGCUCGUGAAUCUCAAGUUCUCUUGCACGUGGUCUCUCAACUAGCCAAGCAGAAUCUGCAGCUGCUGGUCUUGGGCCGAAAGCACAUGCUAACACAGCACUCCAGGUGGAGAAAGGAUGAGAUGAAAAAGGUGCAGAAGCAAGCCAGCUGCUUCUUUGCUGACAACAUGUGGAGGAACUGGAUAAAUGCAGUGUUACAACCAAGAAGCCUGUUGGAAAUUGGUCUCAUGCUUGGUUUGGGGCUUGUGUUUAUUGUGUCUGUUAAAGUUCCAAACCCAGUUGUAAAGACUGAUUCAGUGACCUCCUGUGGCUUUGGAUUUGAAUAUUUAAGUUUUUAACAUUAAUUCUAUUUUCCACUAAUGUACCAAAGAAGCCUUUUCAAACAGAUACUAUACUAUAAGAGAAUAGUAUAGUGAAUCUCCAUGGAAGUGUCACCCAGCUCCAGCAAUUACUAUCAUUUUUCUGAUAUUGUUGCAUAUAACCUCCUACAUGUUUUCUAUUUUUCUUUCCGCUCUCUUUUUUCCUGGAGAUUUUAAAGGCGAUAGAUUCUAGUCAUUUAUCAUUUCAUUUGAAAUAGUUGAGUAUAAAAUAAACUAUAAAUGGUCCUACUUUGGGUCAUUUGGAUCAAGGCAUAAGACAUACCACGUGCUAUAGUCCAAAUCUCCUGAGCAAGGCAACUACUUGGCUGUUUUUACAGCACACAUACUACAGUGGUAAGUGCUCAAUUGGAGGGUCUGUUAGAAACUCUGAGUCACUGGUUCAUCUCAUAGCAGGAGAUGCCUUUGAGUGCUGAUCUGGGUGACUACCCAGAAGCUUCUUUGAGAUACCACUAUUAGCUUUGAGGGCAGCCCAUUAUUUUUGGUAGCUUGCAAGGAAGUGUCAUCCUGCCUUAUUAAUAUUUUGAAUAUUCCUCAAAUUUAAAUGAGGAAAGGUGAGAAGGGGGGUGGCACGGGUAUGCCCUGUGGUAGAUAAGGCAAAUAGGAACAACACCUUGGGCACACAGAGAACCAGGGUUCUCUGUGAAUGUGAAGAGAAAGUCAUUGUUAGAAUUCUUCAUUUUAGUGGGAGAGCCCACUACAGUGGACCAAGUCGAGCAUUUGCAUUCCCUUCCACUUAGCUUUCCAACCUGUGUUCUAGAGAAUGCUGUCUACUAGCAAAGGACAUGAUGCAGGUAGUUUGUAAGCAUCACUGAGAUCAUGUCAGUUAAGAAUGCAGAGCACCUCUGAGGAAAGUAGAUAGAGUAAGAAGUAAAAAGCGUGGUGAAGAAUGCCAUCCUCUGCCUCCUUGGGGCUGUGCUUAAUUGUAUUCUUUCUUAUGCCUGGCUUAGCUCGGCAGACGACCCAUUCCUUCUGUAUGCCACGCUGCACUCGGGGAACCACUGCAAGUUUAUCACAAAAGAUCUGAUGCGGGACCAC